UGAGGAAUAAGCAAAAAUCCUUAUUUACCCGUUUCCAACCCAUAAACACCAAAUUCAUAUCAAUUAUUAUCGGCAGAGUCAACUCAUUCCCCAACAAUUACAAUGUCCACCAGAACCUUGAAAACCUUCUUUCAAUUCUUCUCAACAUUCCUAUUCAUAUACCAUGCAACAGCCACAACCCUUCCCUCAGACAUCCACGACCUCCUCCCCGAUUACGGUUUCCCAAAGGGAAUCCUUCCCAACAACAUCGCCUCCUACACCCUCUCCCCAUCUGGUUACUUCACCCUCCAUCUCCAAUCCCCCUGUUACGUUCGCUUCUCCGGUCAAUUAGUCUACUACGACACCCUCGUCACCGGAACCCUCACUUACGGUUCCGUUUCCGGCGUGUCUGGGAUUCAGGCCAAGAUGCUCUUCAUCUGGCUCCCUGUUACCGGGAUGGAAGUUGAUUCCCCUUCUGGUAUGCUUCAAUUCUUUGUUGGAGCUUUGUCUAAGAAAUUACCGGCGAAUCAGUUUCAAGAUGUGCCUGGAUGUUCCUCCAAGGCUUGUAAAGAUUCUGCAACGAAAUACUUUGUGGAUCUUAUUGUGUGAAUCAACAGUUCCAUGUCUUUUUUUUUUUUUUUUUUUUUUUUUAUGUGGAUAAUCCAUACUUUUAUUCCUCUUUUCCUUCAAAUUUAAAUCUUUUAUGUGGAUAAUCUUAUAAAUGAUAUUUUGCGGUGUUAAUGAAAUUUGGCUUUCAUAU